ACCAACUAGCCGCGUGCACGCCGCUUCCUUGGCAUUUCGUUCACGAGCCUGGUAAUUUUAGCAGCGUUGUUAUUUAUUCUAGAGUCUGCAGUGUGUAAAGCGAAGUGUGAUAACUGAAAUAACUUACGCUGACAGAAAGUGUAGUUCACAAGAGAUGGCAGCGCUUACAGGACUAAACCCGAAGGCUGAAGUUGCUCGGUCUCAUACAGCACUGGCUGUCAAUAUAAACGCCGCACUCGGAUUGCGGGAUGUGUUGAAAAGCAAUCUCGGACCAAAGGGCACGAUGAAGAUGCUGAUUUCGGGCGCAGGCGAUAUCAAAAUCACCAAGGAUGGUAUUGUGCUCCUUCAUGAGAUGCAGAUACAGCAUCCGACAGCUGCGCUAAUUGCUCGGGCUUCUACGGCUCAGAAUGAUAUUACUGGUGAUGGGACGACAUCGACAGUAUUGCUAAUUGGUGAGCUGCUUAAACAAGCCCACCUUCACAUACAGGAGGGUCUUCACCCGCGAGUUAUUGUCGAUGGGUUCGAUCUAGCUCAGACGAAGGCGCUUGAAGUGCUUGACCAGAUGAAGCUAACCCAGCCAGUCGAUCGGGAAAUGCUUCUGCAGGUAGCACGUACCUCACUGUCGACGAAAGUGUACAAUGAGUUGGCCGAGCACCUCGCUGAGGCUUGUGUCGAUGCCGUUCUCGCUAUUAAAAAGGAUAAUGAGCCUGUUAAUUUGCAUAUGGUUGAAAUAAUGGAAAUGCAACACAAGACCAAUAAAGAUACCAAGCUUGUUAAGGGCCUUGUACUUGACCACGGAUCUCGGCAUCCUGAUAUGCCAAAGUUUGUGCAAAAUGCCUAUAUUUUAACCGCAAACGUGUCCAUGGAAUAUGAGAAGACCGAGGUCAAUUCCGGCUUUUUUUACAAAAGUGCCGAAGAACGUAACAAUUUAGUGAAGGCCGAGCGAGAAUUCAUCGAGAAGCGUGUGAAGAAGGUUAUUGAGUUAAAAAAGCAGGUUUGUGGCAACGAUAAGAGCAAAGGUUUUGUACUUAUUAAUCAACAAGGCAUCGACCCAAUGUCGCUUGAUCUAUUGGCCAAGGAGGGUAUCAUGGCUCUGCGCCGAGCAAAGAGACGUAAUAUGGAACGCUUGGCAUUAGCGACGGGUUCUACUGCUGUAAAUUCCGUCGACGGCCUUACACCGGACCUGCUAGGGUUCGCUAGACAGGUUUAUGAACACGUACUUGGCGAGAACAAGUACACAUUUAUCGAGGGCUUAAAUAAUCCCAGGAGCGUGACUAUGUUAAUUAAGGGCCCGAACAAGCACACCAUAAGUCAGAUCAAGGAUGCAGUUCACGAUGGACUACGUGCGGUUAAAAACGCUAUUGAGGAUGGGUGCGUUGUAGCGGGCGCCGGCGCGUUCGAAAUUGCUGCCCAUUACGUAUUGAUGGAAUACGAGAAGGAAGUGAAGGGUCGGGCCGUCUUUGGAGUUCGGGCUUUUGCUGAAGCUCUACUUGUAAUAGUGAAAACUUUGGCCGUCAAUUCCGGCCUCGACCCUCAAGAAACCUUGGUUAAGUUACGAGAACAAUAUCACCGAGUACGACCUCUACCAGUCGGGCUUAACCUUUCCACUGGCGAACCCUGCGAUCCUGUGGCUGACGGUAUCAUAGAUAACUGGAGCGUACAGCGUCAACUGAUCUCCGCCUGCACCGUGAUCGCAAGCAACCUACUACUUGUGGACGAGAUAAUGUUUGCCGGAAUCCAACAGAAGAAGUAGAACAGAACGUAGCAUACGAAGAACAUCUGAUCUUGAUGAAGCCAGUUAAGAAGGAGGACCACAAAAGCAGGCGCAGGACAACUACAAGCGCAUCGCAUUUUUACAGUUGAAAACCAGACAUGUAGCAUAAACGCUAACGAAGAAUGUAUUUGUCUAUAAUAAAACUGUAAAAAUAUUUUUCUUCACUAAAUUUUGAAAUUCAA